AUGCAUUCUGAAAAGCUUAAGAACCGGGCCUUACGGACCUCUUUAUGGAUCCAGUUGGUCGGCUCAUUCUUCAACUGGGGUCUCCAAGGACUGCUCUUCCUUCAGCUAUUCUAUCUCACCUUUCUUGCGGAGCUCCUCCAGACAAUCUUUCAAUCUGCCGGUGUAUAUGCUCAACUGAUCAUUGUCUAUCUGCCGCCCGGCGACGCGACGUUGGAUCUUCUGACGUACGGGAUGCCGAUUAUGUCUGUGAUCAUCUCUGUCGCGCUCCCGAUACUAAAUCAAAACAUGACGCUCAUUGCAAGCGUUGGGCAGCUCUCGCUCGGCCAAGCGACUGCCGGUCUCAUAAGCACGGUCAUGAGCGGGAGCCAGUCAGGUUCAGUUUGGCUUAGUGGGAGUGCGUUGGUGGACAUCAUUAUUGCAAUUUCCAUGGCGCUUCUGCUUCAUCGCCACAAGACUGGCCACGGACAUACAGACGCGCUACUCAAUCGUCUUAUCGUGUAUGUAGUGGAAAGCGGCGCUGUUACUGCUAGCGUUGCUGUCCUUGCACUUGUGUUCUUUAUACGUGACAAGGUAGUGCUACAACGUUACGAGGACAAGUACAAAGGGGUACAGGGUCCUGCGUUGCCCAUCCUUCUGUGCGAUUUGCCAUACGCCAACGCCGCAUUCAUCAGUCUGAACAAUCGCAAACGCCUGCGUACCAGCCCGACCAGUACUCGCAUGACGCUGACCAUGGAGUCCCACGAGAUGCGCGAUCAGUUGGCCUCUGGCGAGCUUCGUGUGGCGCCCCACGAUCUGCAGAGCAAGGGCACUGGAUCGGUCAACUACCCCCCUCAGAGCCCGCUGGUGAUCAACGUACAUAGGGAGGUCGCUACUGCGCGGUUCGGCGACGAUGCAUCUGUUGUGGAUGUGAAGUUUAGGGAACGGGGCUCAGAUACUGUGUGA